CAAGUACGUAUGACCGAAUAGCCGUCGGCGAUUGUUGACGACAGCCGUUGCUCCGAAUUUGUGUUCUGUCAUACGCACGCCGCUCGUUGUAGUCGUUGUUGAUUCAAUUUGACGGUGUUUCUCGUCGAUUGCGUACACUUUGCACGAGUAACGAUUCAACAUGGGUAAUUGUUGCCCGUUCUGUUACAAGGAAUCGUCGUCAUACGAGGAUCUCACUCCUGAUCGGGAAACUAUACGUAGAAGACAGGCAGAAGCAGCUGAGAAAAGGAUAGCCGAGCAACAGCAACGGGGCAUAAAGGAUAUAGAAUCUGUCAAGAGACAGCAGCGACGAGCAAUGGAACUCGAGAAGCGAGAACAGGAAGCUGCUGCUAGUGGCACGCAGCCUGCGCUACGAUGGCAGGUAAACUGAAAGGAAAAAACAUGCUGUGGUUCAACGGGAGAAUGAAUUGUACAUUUUCUUAUUCGAAAGGUAUUAAAUAUUCUACAUAACA